UGCUUUUCCUGCUGUUUGCGCAUUAAACUGCAACAAAACUUUAGUGCCGUGACUUUGUUACAAUGAAUUUGUCCCAGUCGUUAAUGGAUCCGUUUGGGAGUCUUUUUUAGAUGCGAAGUUCAAACGAGGCGACAGCACAACUUAAGUUAAGUUAGCGGCUACACUUCUGACAUGUAUUUUUAAGGAAGAGUGGAGAAAACGACAUGGCAGACAUAAGGACUUUCAACGUUGUUAUUUUGGGUUUGGGAUUUUUGUUCAUUUUUACCGCCUUCACCACCACAGGGAACAUUGAACAAACUGUGGUGAAAAGCCUAAAAAAUUAUACUUUCAGUGGAAGUGGGUACCACAGUCUUGGGAUCAUCUAUGGGGUCUUCUCUUUCUCCAAUUUACUUGCACCAACAGUUGUUUCUGUAAUUGGACCGAAAAUGACGAUGUUUUUGAGUGGCCUACUUUACAGUGGAUACAUCGCUGUGUUCAUCAUCCCCCUGACAUGGGCCUUUUACUUCACAUCUCUUCUGAUCGGCAUUGGAGCAGCAUUGCUCUGGACGGCUCAAGGACACUUCCUGGUCGAAAACUCCGAGGCAUCCACCAUCAACAGGAACACGGGGAUGUUCUGGGCUCUCUUACAGUGCAGCAUGUUGUUUGGCAAUCUUUACAUUUACUUUGACUGGAAUGGAAGAACAGAGAUACCAGACAGCAGCAGGAAAAACAUUUUCCUGUCCCUGUUGGUCGCCUCCGUACUCGGCACGCUCAGCUUCCUGGUGUUGAGGACGAGUCAUCAUGAAGAAGAGUUGCUCUCUGAAGAGGAAGGGCAGUCGCUGCUCUCAACCCGCAUGAUGUAUAAACAGAGAGCAAACACCGCCAUGCAGGACGCCAAGUCAGAACUGAAAACCAUCGUGCAGCUCCUGAAGGCUAAAACCAUACUGCUCCUGAGCCCCUGCAUGGCGUACAGCGGCCUGGAGCUAUCCUUCUACAGUGGAGUGUAUGGCACGUGCAUCGGAGCGACUGCACACUUUGGAGAAGCAGCUAAAGGCCUGAUCGGGAUCUCUGGGAUCAUGGUGGGGAUCGGAGAAAUUGUGGGGGGAGGCUUGUUUGGACUGGUGUGCAAGAACAAUCGCUUCAGACGGACCUCUGUGGUGUUUCUGGGAAUGGUCGUCCAUUUUGUAGCUUUCUAUUUGAUUUUCCUCAACAUCCCUGGUGAUGCUCCUGUCGUCUUUAAAACCGUCACCCAGAGGAGCUCUUAUCUAACUCCAAGUGUAUCCAUCGCCCUCCUGUGCAGCUUCCUGCUCGGACUCGGCGACAGUUGUUUCAACACGCAGCUGUACAGCAUUUUAGGCUGCGUUUAUGCUGAACACAGCACGCCCGCUUUCGCCAUCUUCAAAUUCAUCCAGUCUGUUUUUGCUGCAGUGGCGUUCUUCUACAGCGGUUACCUCCUGCUCAUGUGGCAGCUCCUCCUGAUGGUCGUCCUGGGCUUCACUGGAACGCUCUGCUUCUUUGUCGUGGAGAGGACACAAAACUUCUCUGCAGACUUACAGGAAGAAUAGGAAGAGCACGUCUCCGUGCCAACGUAGCAUGUUUUUACAGGACAGACACAAGGUGGUAUACACUGAGAAAUAAAAAGAAAUAAAAGAAUCUCUUUCCAGUAUUACACACUGAAGGUCAUAUUCUAGGACUGUCAGCAUUAACUAGUUAAUCACGAUGAAUUCAAGUCUGAGAUGAAUUCGCUUCUGAAGUGUCUCCCUGUAGUCACGGUGAUGAAAGACGAC